GGAAGAAUGAGUGUCCUCUGUAUAAGACUGUGGACCGGCCUGUUGUAUUUGUCCAUACAAAGCAGGGAGCUGGUUUUGGUGACCUGUGGGACUUGGUAAUAGAUAUCAAGUUUGUAAAUUUCAGGUUUUUGUACCUCACAACCUGUGUGCCCCGUGGCACAGGGAAAACAUGGACAGCACCUCUAAAGUGAUUAAAUUGGGAAGUCAAUAUAGGGUGGUUUUCUAUCUUGACAAGGGUUCAUUUGGCACUGUGAAAUUGGCCUGGCAUCUGAAAACCCAGGCCCUGGUUGCCAUCAAAAUGGUUGAAAUCAGCAAGAAGACCAUGAGUAAUAUCCAUUCAGAACGAGCAGCACUGGAGAAGCUAAACCAUCCCAAUAUUAUUCGUCUCUUCCAGGUUAUUGUAACACCAAGUUUUGUAAACUUUGUUCUAGAGUAUUGUCCGCAAGGAAGCUUAUUUGAUUUAAUUCAUCACCAUGGCCCACUGCAGGAGAAAGAGGCAAAGAGAACAUUCGGGCAGAUAGUGGCAGCCGUAAAAUACCUCCACAACUGUGACAUCAUUCAUCGAGACAUCAAACCGAAUAAUAUACUAAAAGAUGCAGAGGGUAACAUGAAGUUGAUAGACUUUGGACUGUCUGUAAAGUGCCAACCUGGAAGACUACUAAAACGGAAGUGUGGGACCAAGGUCUUUUAUGCCCCAGAGUGCGUGCUAGGGCAGCUAUAUGAUGGCAGAAAGACUGAUAUCUGGAGUUUGGGUGUGCUACUCUAUUUCAUCACCACUGGGUACUACCCCUUCGAAGGAAAAACCAUGAAAGAGAUCGAGAACAACAUUACCACAGGGACCUAUCGUAUUCCAUGUCACUUCUCUGGGACACUUGAAAAUUUAAUCCACCAGAUCCUCACAGUUCCCCCCGAGAUGAGAUCGUCCAUUGAAGACAUUGAGAGACACCCCUGGGUCAUGAAAUGUCAAGUAACUAUCCCGACUGAUACCUACCCAGAUUACAGCAUCAUAGACAUACUUUGUGACAUGGGGUUUAAUGCCAACGAGAUUUUAGAAUCACUGCAGAAGAAAAGGUUUGAUGAAAACAUGGGAACGUAUUUGCUUUUAAAAGAACAGAUACGCAAAGGGGUUAAGUAUACAUCUACCACUUCAGCCAAGCCGCCUGUGGAUCAGUACCCUGCGCCACCCCCAUCACCAGCACAUACCUCUACCUCUGGUCUUCCCCCAAAAAGAAGGGCCAGUGAACCCAACUUUGGCCUCCUCCACAUCUGGCCCUCAGGACAGCAGGGGCCUGUUACCCUGACACCAUCAGGACACAAGGUGACCAGAAGUGUCUCCAUGCCUUCCAUUGCCCUACAUUGUCCCAAGAAGAACAACAUCACUUCUAGCUGGACUCUCAAUACCGGAGCUGUGGCUGCCCCAUCUGUCUGCAGCAACAUAUUGGAAGACCAAAUAUGCCUGCCACCUGAGGAAGACAUUGCCAUGGAAACACCAUCUCCCCCUCUGAGAAUUGGGUUCUUCAAGAGACUGCGCAAGAGAAUCAGGAAUUGCCUGUCAAGACUUUGCUGCUUCCCCCGGGCUCCAGAGACAAGAACUCAGCAUAUACCCUCCAAGAAAGUGGCUCCCCUGAAAGAGGCCAGAUGCAAAAUCUAAUGAAAGGGUGGGCAAAUAUGAGAGGAUGCAUCUUGGCUUUGAAUUUUAUAGUCUCUA